UUAGAGGGAAAAGUUGAAGCAAUGCAAGCACGGUAGGCUCCUCUCCCUUCUUCCCCUCCCCUUUUCCAAACUCCCCACUUCCUAAGCCGGAUCAGCGUUUAGGGAGGGCAGUCAUCAUCACGCAAUCCUGAGCAGCUGGAGCUGACGUUGGACGGAGCUGCCAGGUAGCUGAAAAAAAAAAAGGCAGAGAAGGCAGCUGAUACCCACUUUUCAACGAUUCUUUUUUUUUUUUUUUUUUUUUAGUCUGGGUCUGGACUUCAAGCAUCACAGCGCCCGAGCCAGCUGAUCUGAACCCUCAGUGUAUUGCAAUACCCUCUCUUCCCAAAGAAAAGAUUCCACUGAGUAGCAGAAUGCUCGCAGUGUCGCAGCCAGGGCUACAGCUGAGAGCCUUUUUGUAAAUUUGUGUGUGUGCGCGAGUGUGUGAUUCCUUUCUUUGAGGGCACCUUUGGUUUUUGUUACCCUGAUGUGACUUUUGCUUCGCUUUGGAAUGAUGGGGAUCUUUCUGGCUUAUGUUGGAUGCGUUUUCUUUUCCGUUUUGUAUAUUCAACAAGGACUUUCUACCCAAGCAAAAUUCACCGAGUUCCCCCGAAAUGUCACAGCCACUGAAGGGCAGAACGUGGAGAUGUCGUGCGCUUUCCAGAGCGGCUCAGCCUCCGUGUACCUCGAGAUCCAGUGGUGGUUUCUGCGAGCAGCCGAGGAGCAGGAGGCUGGAGGCGAGGUGACGGGCACUCAGGUGGAGCUCUUACCAGAGAGAGACUUGGACAAUGACGGAACAAAGAUAAGCACAGUGAAAGUACAAGGGAAUGACAUCUCCCACAAGCUGCAGAUUUCAAAAGUGAGGAAAAAGGAUGAAGGCUUGUAUGAGUGCAGGGUGACAGAUGCCAACUAUGGAGACCUUCAGGAAUACAAGGCUCAGGCAUUUCUCAAAGUCAAUGCUAACAGCCACUCUCGGCGAAUGCAGGCCUUUGAAGCAUCCCCAAUGUGGCUGCAAGAUAUGAAACCUCGCAAGAACAUCUCAGCAGCUGUUCCCAGUAGCGUCCAUAACUCUUCCAAUCAGCGUCUGCGCUCUACCACCAGCCCCGAAGCAGCAGCUAAAAUCCCAAAACAGAGUCCACAAUCAGUGCAUGCCAAGACAUUCAUGGGCACCAGAGCCAAGCUGGCGAGCUAAUUAAAUAUAUAAAAUGUAUGUGUUUAAACAGCCUUAUAAGGAGCAUUGGAAAUCUGCAAGAUGAGCGAAUAUCUUAUAACUUCUUCCGCAGGUGCGAGGAUAGCUACAAGCCAUGGACUUUCUGUCCUGCUUCUUGUUUGUGGCUUUGUGAAGGGUGCUUUGCUUUAAUCUAAAAGUGCUGACUUUUUCCAAUAUCACUUUCUCUUCUUAAAGCAAAGAGCAAAUCGCCUGUAAAAUCCACGGAGCGGACAGCAAAGUUGACCCUAACCUCCAACCACCACUCUGCACCCAAUGUACUCUAAUUCUCUACACAUGGAGCACCUUCAGGAAGUACAAAAAAACAAAACAAACAAAUAUAUAUAUUGUUUAAACAUAUAAAUAUAUAUAUGAAGAGGAUACCACAUUUUCUUGAUCUAUAUUAUUUUCUUUGCUGUAUCACUGAUCAUUUAUUUGAAGAGAACUGGUGUGAUGUAACGGGACAUUUUGUAACAGCAAGCCCUAGUUUCCUUUUCUUUCAGCAAGUAGAAGCAUCAGAUCCUUGACUGCUCAGGGGUUGGCUUGCAAGUCAUCAGUAUUAUACAAAUUCACUCUGGAUGAUAUUUGGUUUCCUUCUUUGAAAGAACUGUUGCAGCCAUGAGGCAAACAGUGGCCAAAAAUAAAUAAAUAAAACCAACAAAAAAUCCCAAGAAAACAAAAUGACUCAGCAUCACCGCUGAUGACAAAAAACACCUCAGAAACUUUGAUGAAAAACUUAUUUUUUUGUGGGGGUGGGGAACGCAAAAAAAAAUACCAACAUUGCAAGCCAACUAACAGGACUAGAGGACAUUGUUUUUGAAGACAAGCAAGAAGCACUAUUGAAGGGGUUUUUAUUUCACUUUUUUGAAUUUUUUCCUCUUUUUUUUUCCCCACCCCCUUCCUUUUCCUCUCUUUUCUCUUGGUUUGUUUCUUGUCCAAUGGUGGCAGUUGCUGACUUAGGCCAACCCCUACUGACUGUGUGGUGGUUAUAUAAAUACACUUUUUUUGUGUGUGUGUUCUAUAUUUCGAUGUGUUUUCUCUAAUUUUGCAACUCCUGUAUAUGCAAAACUAACUUCAAUUCUGUAAAUUGCUUACAGUAUGUGUGAUAUAACUUCACAGUAGACAUACCAUGGUCCUCAUGCAAGACAGUUUUUAAUAUUAUCUAUAUGUCGUGCCACCAACAGACAUUUUUGUUUCCUUUUUUGAUGAAGCAUUAUUUUUUAAUUUGUAAUUCAGUACUGUGUGGAUUUUGUAAUACAUGCAUUCACUUCCACUGGUUUGACCCCUUGCAGAUGGCAAUGCAGCCCUCUGUUUACUCUGUAAAAUGCACAUUAAAAUUUGUUAUGGUCUCUGAACAAUGAAUUAUUUUACUUGUGUGUAUGCUAUGUUGUAGUCUGGUGGCUGAAAGCCCUUUUAAUUUAUUAUGUUUAUUGAGGAUGAAACGAUUUUAUCAUCAGAGAAUGUAAAAUGUCUCUAGGCAAAUACUGCGUGCAAGCAGGGUCAGGAGAAAAAAAAAAAACAGAAUGUGCUCCUGGAAGAUUUUCUUUUAAUGAUGAGUUUUAGUCAAGUGAAAUUUCUACAGUGAUUCACUCAAGAACUCUUCCUGCUAUGGCUAAAGAGGUAUCUUUUUUCUCCCUUUCCAUAGGUGGCUAGCCAUUGUUCUUUCAUACUCUUCAUUACAUUUCUUUAUGCCUAUGAAGUGAAAAUGAAAAUGUUUCUGUUGGCUGGAAGUAAUAUACAUAACAUGAAUUAUAUUAAUUAAUGAAGGAAGGGAAAACUACAAAUAUUUGUUGAUUAAAUCAGCUAGGUAGCGUUUAAUGUCCUUUCCUCUUUUCACCCCAAUUGAAUAAUCCAGAUCCUUCCUGCUGUUUCAUAUACUAACACAGACAAACAUGUUACAAUACUUUACAUGGUUCAGUGUACUGUUUACUAGAGGACUCUGUAACUAUGUCUGGGCAGCCUUAAUAGACUGACCUCUCAACAUAUUUUUUCCCUUAUAGAGAAGAAAAACGAGCUUAGCUACAUUUAACAUCCUACGAGGAUAAGGACUUUAUAUUAAAUUUUAAAAGACUCACAAAGGCCCUAUCCUUUCGCCCUACUGUCAAUAACAAAACUCCCACUAAUUUCAAUGGGAGUAAGAUCAGACCAUAUAUCUCCAGGAUAAAAGAGCUAUGCACUAAUGCUUUGUGUCUUAACAUAUUCAUAAAUGAUCUGGAAAAAGGGGUAAACAGUGAGGUGGCAAAAUUUGCAGACAAUGCAAAACUACUCAAGAUAGUAAAUUCCAGGCAGCCUGUGAAGAGCUACAAAAGGAUCUCUCAAAACUGGGUGACUGGGCAACAAAAUGGCAGAUGAAAUUCAAUGUUGAUAAAUGCAAAGCAACGCUCAUUGGAAAGCAUAAUCCCAACUAUACAUAUAAAAUGGUGAGGUCUAAAUUAGCUGUUACCACUCAAGAAAGAGAUCUUGGAGUCAUUGUGGAUAGUUCUCUGAAAUCAUCCACUCAAUGUGCAGCGGCAAUCCAAAAAAGCGAACAGAAUGUUGGGAAUCAUUAAGAAAGGGAUAGAUAAUAAGACAGAAAAUAUCAUACUGCCUCUAUAUAAAUCCAUGGUAUGCCCACAUUUUGAAUACUGUGUGCAGAUGUGGUCACCCCAUCUCAACAAAAGAUAUAUUGGACUUGGAAAAGGUUCAGAAAAGGUCAACAAAAAUUAUUAGGGGUAUGCAGCGUCUGCCGUAUGAGGAGAGAUUUAUAAGACUGGGACUUUUCAGCUUGGAAAAGAGAUGACUAAGGGGGGAUAUGAUAGAGGUCUAUAAAAUCUUGACUGGUGUGGAGAAAGUAAAUAAGGAAAUGUUAUUUACUCCUUCUCAUAACAUAAGAACUAGGGGCCACCAUAUGAAAUUAACAGGCACCAGGUUUAAAACAAACAAAAGGAAGUAUUUUUUCACACAACACACCGUCAACCUGCGGAAUGCUGUGAAGGCCAAGACUAUAACUGGGUUCAAAAAAGAACUUGGUAAAUUCAUGGAGGAUAGGUCCAUCAAUGGCUAUUAGCCAGGAUGGGGAGGAAUGGUGUUCCUAGCCUCUGUUUGCCAGAAUCUGGGAAUGGGAUACAGGGGAUGGAUCACUUGAUGAUUACCUGUUCUGUUCAUUCCCUCUGGGUCACUUGGCAUUGGCCACUGUUGGAAGACAGAAUACUGGGCUAGGUGGACCUUUGGUCUGACCCAGUUUGGCUGGUCUUAUGUUCUUAUGUCUGGAUAAUAUAAAAGUGCAAUCCUUUUUGGGCUGUUCACAAAGGCAUUUCUAAUUACUUCAUUUGGAAGAUUCACAAGAGUAAAUCAAGCACAAUUUGGAGCAUAAUUUUUGCUUGAAAAAAAAUAUUCAGUGCAUUCCUUAUGUAUCCUAACAUUAGGCUCUUUGACUGCCAGUGCACACUGAGGGAAUAUAUUUAUUGAGCUAGCAACAUGAUUGUCCAGUCUUUUUUCAGAGCAGUUACAGUUAAUUUAGAACCCAAAAUAUACAAUUAGUAGUUCAAUUAAUUCCUUCUAACAUACAUUACUUUUCCUUUGUCAACAAUGAAUUUCACCUGUUAUUGUACUAGCUAGCUGUAUUAGGCCCUUCUGAACUUCCUUCCAGUCUUCUCUAGUCUUGACUAGUGCUGGCUAGAGAACAAGAAACUGAGGAGUUUUGCUUUGUUUUCUUUCAAAAGAGGUUUAGAAAUUUGUUUUUUUGUUCUGCAUUGGAAUGAUACUGAAACCCUUCAAAGAUCGAGAGAGAAGGAGAGCCAAGUGGCACGGGCACUCAUUUAGGCUGUGACAGACUUCAGUUCAAGUUCUCACUUUGCCUGUUUUGCUGGGCUAUUGGCUCCUCUAGGAUCAGCUGUUAUUUGCUUUUCAUCAGAAAUUCCAUCUGGAACCUAAAAAGUGUCACCAAACCAAUGCACUUCCACAAAGUUUCAGUUUUGACCAAUCAACAUUUUCCAACCCCCCCCCCCCAUAUAAAUAAAUUAAAAAAAAUAAAAUUCUCACACACAAAAAAAUUCCUGACCAGCUUGAGUCUUGACUAGCCUAAAUAACUGUGUCAUCUGCACAUUUUGCUUCCUCAUAGUUUAUUUCCUUUUUGCUUUCCCUGAUAAAUAUAUUUAACACCACAGACCUUAGCACAGACCUAUGGGGCUCACCGCAGUUAACUUUUUGCUGUGUGAAAAUUGACUAGGUGUUACUCUUUGUUUUAUAUUUGAUAGACAAAAGUUAAAGCCACUCAAAAAAUUCAAUACCCAGGUAUUUAAAUGCUUGAUUGGAAGGUUUAUAAUAUUCAUUUUAAUAUACAGUACCGUUUCCAGAGUAUAUUAUAAAAGAAAAACAUUACAAGAUAUUUUAAUUACCCUUACUUGGUAAUCAUAGAGUCAAAUCUGUCAUUUCAGUCUAUCAGCAUCUCAGCAACCAGAAGUCCCAUUGAUUUCCAAAGGAGUUUUUUUUUGGUGUUCAAGUUGACUCAGAGUCAGGCACUUGCAGUAGGCAUGCGUCAUAAUAUCCAGCUUAGCUUGCUGUGCUCUACCUCUUGGUCCUGCUUUGAGCAGGGGAUUGGACUAGAUGACCUCCUGAGGUCUCUUCCAACCCUAAUCUUCUAUGAUUCAAUGAUUCUAUGUGAUGGAGAUUAAUUUGCUAACGAUAUUUUCAUACCAUUUUGCAAAGUAAUAAUACCUCUACCCUCCAAUUUUCCACUUCAUCAGCAAUUAAAUAUACCAAAACAGUAUCUUCCAAACCCAGAAACACAUAGCAAACUGUAUGCAAACGAGGACAAACUGUAUGCAAAAUAGAAAGAGCUUGAUGUAUAAACACAUGGAAUUAAAGAAAAGGAGAAAAGUAGAGAAAGGCAAGAGGCAAAGCUACAAAAUAAAAAGUGGGAGGUAGAACUGAAAUUAAAAAUGGGGAGGGGGAAUCUGCAGAUAUAUGGUAUUCCAAGAAGUGUGUCCAUUUGUGGCAUAUGCUGUGGUAACCAUUAUCCAAUUCAAGUUCAUAUAAGACUUCAUCCUGCUAGGUACUGAGCACUUCCUGCAAGGUCCUCUUCCUCAGUGCCCUCAAACCCUAUUGGAUGCAUUAGUAGCUGAGAUAACUCCACAUCCCAUAAAAAGCUCCACAUUUUACAAGAUGAGGCCCAUAAAGCAUUGUUUCCCUGGGAAAAGUAAAACAUGCACUACUUUGUUAAGUGCACAUUUUGAAAAAAAUAUUUUUCUGAGGGAUUAAAAUCCCAGUCCUCUGGAGAGGGGAAAUGGCUAAUAUAAGGAACUCCAUCAAUGGAGCAUAUAUGUUUCAGGGGAGGAAACAGUGGUGCUACUUUUAUAUAACACUAUUUCAUCACUGUUCAGUAGUUGUCAUUUCGUUCAUUUCUUGAUCAGUAAGAAGAGUGUAAAGAAAACAUGUUAUCCUUCUGCUGAGGAAAAGGAAUGCCUUACCUUGUGCAGAUCCAUUUAAUGUACAAUUCUUUGCGUCUUGUGUGUCCACUCAAGCUGUAGGUCUAGACAUUUUUCUUCUACAUAGUAAAUAAAGUAAACUAAAAUAUCACAUACUAAAUGAUUAGGUCUCUUAUUUGAACCAAAUUUCAAUGAAAGAAUAGAAAUUUCAAACUUCUCUUAGGAGAGUAUUAUGGCAAUGCAGUAAUUUCCUUUCCUGUGUAAAAUAUUAGGAUUUUGUAGAUUUCAAAUUAGUUACCCAUAUAAAAGCUGGUGAUGUUUCCUUCAAAUAAUUUUAAACAUGGGUUACGGUUCAAUGUACAUUUCACUUCAUUCAUCAGAUAUUUGUUCUGUUCAAAUGUGGACAUGUACUUCACGUAUUAACAUAACACAAAUGACAGAAUGAAACCACUGGAGAUAGGCUGAAUGAUUCAGAAAAAAACACUACUCUUCUAUGUCUACCUACGGAGGUCCUCCUAGACAAUAUUGUUGUUAGCCACAUAUAACUUCUUAUCAGUAGGGCAAUCCCCAAAGAUACAAAAUCAUGAGUCAGACUUCCAACAUCACAAAGGCAGCUUAAAAAAAUUAGAUUAAAAAAAACCACACGAUUAUUUUAAGGUUCUUGUUAUUUCCCUUAUUAGUUGCUUCUGAAACUCAGACUGCACAUUGGUCACCCAAAAUCUGAAGCACUCAAAAUUAGUAAACAGUCUCUACCAGGUAAGAAAAUGUUGGUCUUCGUGUUUAAAAAUAUCACAAAUCAAAGUAACUCUUAAAACAGUUAACAGUGAAAAAAGUCAGAUUAAAUUAAAUGAGUUAACCCAGUGCCUUUAUGCCUGAAGUAACAAAAUAGGUCAGUUGCAAAUCCUGCAAAUUAUAAACAAAGGUUUUAUAUACAGUGCACUGAAUCCUGGUGAAUUCACUUUUAAGACAAAUUUAUUACCUUCUUUUCACAUAUUAGCAUAUGGGUUACAGGAGCCUGACUUUCGGGAAUGUGCAUUAUUAUUUUCUCUGGCAUUCAUACUGUAAAGAUAUUUCAGUUUUAUCUUUCAGGGCAUUGAGACCAAUAUGCUACUUGAUAAUCUCUUACAAAGGAAAUCAAUAUAAUACCUUACUGACUGAAGCACAGUCAGUUAGUUACAAACAAAGAUUCCAAGCCAGCAUGGUACUUUAGUACCAUGGUAGCUUUAAGCAUGUGAGCCGUCAUGCCAUUGACUUCUGGAGGACUAUUUGUGUGCUUAAACGCACACAUUUGGUUACGUAUGCGGCUGAUUCAGGACACAAAUGGACACUAAGAUGAAAUAACCAAUUUCUUAUCUUCAUGUUGCUUCUUAACACAUAUCAUAGAGUGGUCACAGCCAAAAAGUCAGCAUUAGCCUAAAAUUGCCAUGUGGCAGUUUUAAAUAGUUGAACUUCUUAGUAGUAAUCUCUGCAGUUAUGUCAUCAUAUGCUAAAAAAUAAAGAAAAUGUUCCCUCCGUCACCAACCAGCCCCAAGAGGGGAAAAAAAAAUGCCAGCCAAAAACUUUGUAGUGGAAUGUUUGUGCCUGACAUUACUAUUGGUAAAUGUCAAAUGUUGUUCAUAGAGCUAAAAGUAUUAAGAUCCAAGAAUGGGAUCAAAUACCUUGCAAUAUAAAUUUUUAAAGGUUAAUCUGUCAAGAUUAGCUUUGCUAAACAAUAAGCACCCAGAAAAUUGUUUAAUGCAGGUCAUCAGAAACUGCAUCAGUCUCUUGUUUCAAACAUCCCAAACAUUGUUUUAUUUGAUUUCCUAGAUAUGAAGUUUUGUUGAAGACAUAAUGGACAGAAAAGGCUAUAUAGUUUGUCUGGUACUCUUAAUGUCACCAAUUUGAGACAGCACUAAAAAAAGAAGAAAGCUAGAUUAGCAAAUGGAAGAAUUACAGGCAAAUAAAAGACAAAGAGAGGGAUCAGUAUUGUUUAAAAAGAAAGAAUGUUUAAAAAUAGACAUAAUAGAAAUGUAGGCCUGGAAGGGACCUCAAGAGAUCAUCUAGUCCAUCCCCUCAUGCUUAGGCAGAACCAACGAUACCUUAAACAUCCCUGACAGUUGUUUGUCUACCCUGUUUUUAGAAACCUCGAAUGAUGGUGCAUCCGUUGAAGUGAGCUGUAGCUCACGAAAAGCUUAUGCUCAAAUAAAUUGGUUAGUCUCUAAGGUGCCACUAGUACUCCUUUUCUUUUCUCGAAUGAUGGGUGUUCAGUAUUCUAUUCCAGCUCUUAGCUAUCCUUUUAAUUAGAAAGUUAAGUAAGGGACCUUGUCAAGCAUAUGUUAAUAUUUUAAUUCAUUUUCUCCAUUCUGCAAUAUUCCUUUCUGUUGAUAUUACCCUCUCAGACAUGACAAUACUGCACUUCUCUUCUACAGCAUAAGGCAAAAUUUCCUUUCUCGUUUAUGAAAGGAGCUACAAUUAAUUAGGCUGUUUCUGUUUAACAACAAUAUAAAUCUAUAUAGCAUUAUAUCAUGUCAAAAUAUCUUUGAUGGAGUGGUGGGUUUUUUAUUUUGGGGGAGGGGAGAAAGUAGCUUUAUUUUUUACCAUCUUCGGAGGCAGGCCAGUCCUCGCCCCCAGACAGCCCGCCAA